GGUCCGGAGGCGGGGCUCGGCUGUGGGUAAAAGCGGCUCGGGGGACUGUGGCCACUAUCGCGGCGUCGGGCUCGCGGAGCAGCUGUCGAGGAGCCGGGCGUAGUGCUCGCCGGCGCCAUGAGCUACACAGGAUUUGUCCAGGGAUCUGAAACCACUUUGCAGUCGACAUACUCAGACACCAGCGCUCAGCCCACCUGUGAUUACGGAUAUGGAACUUGGAACUCUGGGGCAAACAGAGGCUACGAGAACUAUGGUUAUGGCUACGGCUAUGGCCAGGAGAACACCAGCAACUAUGGGUACGGUAUGGCCACUUCAAACUCAUGGGAAAUGCCUAGCUCUGACGCAAAUGCAAACCCUAGUGCCGCAGGUAGCACCAGUGCCGAUUCCGUUCUAUCCAAAAUUAACCAGCGCUUAGACAUGGUGUCACAUAUGGAGGCAGACAUGAUGCAAGGAGGCAUGUACAGCUCAGGAGCAGAAAGGUACGACUCCUACGAGGCCUGCAAUUCAAGGGCCAUGCUGAGUGAGCGUGACCUGUACCGGUCAGGCUACGACUACGGCGAGCUUGACCCCGAGAUGGAGAUGGCCUAUGAGGGCCAGUACGAUGCCUACCGUGACCAGUUCCGCAUGCGUGGAGGAGAUGCCUUUGGCCCUCGGGCACAGGGCUGGGCCAGGGAAGCCCGCGGAGGCCGCCCGGUGGCCUCAGGCUAUGGGCGCAUGUGGGAAGAGCCUGUGGGGGCCCGAGGCCAGUGCAUGCCGGGAGCCCCCCGGCUGCCCUCCCUCUUCUCGCAGAACAUCCUCCCGGAGUACAGCGUGUUCCAGGGUGUGCGUGGUGGGGGCGCCUUCCCGGGUGGCUCCCGCUUUGGCUUUGGCUUUGGCAACGGCAUGAAGCAGAUGCGGCGCACCUGGAAGACCUGGACCCCAGCCGACUUUCGAACUAAGAAGAAGAAAAGGAAGCAGCUGGGGAGCCCUGACGAGCCCGACAGCAAGGCCUCCAGGACAGACGGCUCUGACAACAGCGACUCUGACAACGAUGAGGGCACUGAGGGCGAGGCCACUGAGGCUGCCGAUGGCUCCGAGGCUGUGGAGAAGAGCUCCAGGGUGGAAGGAGAGGACGAGGAAGGAAAAGAGGAUGGGAAGGAUGACGGCAAAGAAGAUUCAGGGGCCCUGACUGCCCAGGAUGAGAGUGGCCAGGCCAAACGCAAGCUGCAGGCAGGCAAGAAGAGCCAGGAUAAGCAGAAGAAGCGACAGCGUGACCGCAUGGUGGAAAGGAUCCAGUUUGUGUGCUCUCUGUGCAAAUACCGGACCUUCUAUGAGGAUGAGAUGGCCAGCCACCUGGACAGCAAGUUUCAUAAGGAGCACUUCAAGUUUGUUGGUACCAAGCUCCCAAAGCAGACGGCCGACUUCCUGCAGGAGUACGUAGCCAACAAGACCAAGAAGACAGAGGAGCUCCGGAAGACUGUGGAGGACCUUGAUGGUCUGAUCCAGCAGAUCUACAGAGAUCAGGAUCUGACCCAAGAAAUUGCCAUGGAGCAUUUUGUGCGGAAGGUGGAGGCGGCUCAUUGUGCGGCCUGCGACCUCUUCAUUCCCAUGCAAUUUGGGGUAAUCCAAAAGCACCUCAAGACCAUGGAUCACAACCGGAACCGCAGAGCUAUGGGGCAUGGAGCGCAGGACCUGCCAACACCCAGGGUGCAUACGGAACUGGUGUGGCCAGCUGGCAAGGGCUUUCUUCCCUCCCUAGGUGCAGCCUGCGCUUCUCCCCUGCCAGGUUAUGAGAACUACAAUUAUUAUGGGUCCCAGAACUCCAGUGUGAGCACCGGAGCGACAUACAACUACGGCCCGGCCUCCUGGGACGCUGCCAAGACCAGCGAUGGUGGCCUGGCAGCUGGCGGCCCCGCCAUGCACAUGGCCUCCUAUGGCCCAGACCCAGGCCCUGACAACUCAGACUCCCUCAUCGCCAAGAUCAACCAGCGCUUGGAUAUGCUGUCCAAGGAAGGAAGCAGGGGGAGUGGUGGCAGUGGGGAGGGCACACAGGACCGAGAGAGCUCCUUCCGCUUCCAGCCCUUCGAGUCCUAUGAUUCCAGAGCCUGCUUGCCUGACCACAACCCCUACCACUCUGGCUACAGCUACGACUACGACCUGGGCACAGACCGCAACGGCAGCUUUGGCAGCCAGUAUGGCGACCCCCGGGACCUGGGCCGUGAGCGGGGCGCCCUCGACAGCUUUGUCCGGGGCCGGGGCCAGGGCCGCUUCCAGGACCGGGGCAACCCUGGCACCUUCAUGCGCAAUGACCCUUUCUUGCCACCACCCCCAGCCUCCUCGGAGCCCCUGUCUGCUCCCUGGGGCGAGCUGAACUACGGGGCCGGGCGGGGCCUGGGUGGCCCCACCCCCAGCAGACCACUGGCACCGCAGCCGCCACCCCUCUUCUCCCAGCCCCUGGCCCCUGACUUUAGCAUGAUGGGGAUGCAGGGGGCGGGCAGCUUCAACAGCACCAUGCCAUACAGCUGUGGCCACGCACAGGCCCGGAUCAGGGACCGGCCCCGGUGGCGAGCAUUUGAGCGCUGUGGCCCUGAUGGCCCAGGCAGGAAGCGGCGGCUGCUACAGGCUUAUGAGGAGCUGGACGCCAAGCAGCCCCGGGUGGAUAGCGAGGGAGACUUUUCCGACAAUGAUGAUGGAGCUGGUGACUUCCGAUCAGGAGAUGAAGAAUUCAGGGGCGAGGAUGAGUUUGGCGAGUCCGGGAGGCAGAGAGGCGAGAAGGACGACGAGGAUGAGGACGUAAAAAAGCGGAGGGAGAAGCAAAGGAGGAGAGAUCGGAUGCGAGACCGAGCAGCUGACAGGAUCCAGUUUGCCUGUUCUGUGUGCAAAUUCCGCAGCUUUGAGGAGGAGGAGAUCCAGAAGCACCUGCAGAGCAAGUUUCACAAGGAGACCCUGCGCUUCAUCAGUACCAAGCUGCCUGACAGGACAGUUGAGUUCCUCCAGGAAUACAUUGUGAACAGGAACAAGAAGAUAGAGAAACGACGUCAGGAGAUGAUGGAGAAGGAGAGCACGAAACCAAAACCAGAUCCUUUCAAAGGGAUUGGCCAGGAGCACUUCUUCAAGCGGAUCGAGGCUGCCCACUGCCUGGCCUGUGACAUGCUCAUCCCUGCUCAGCACCAGUUGCUGCAGCGACACCUCCAUUCCCCAGACCACAACCACAACCGCCGAUUGGCUGCUGAGCAGUUCAAGAAAACAAGUCUCCAUGUGGCCAAGAGCGUUUUGAACAACCGACAUAUAGUGAAGAUGCUAGAAAAAUACCUCAAGGGGGAGGACCCUUUCACCAAUGAAGCCGUUGACCCAGAAGCUGAAGGGGAGGACAAUUUAGGAGGUGAGGAAAAGGAGGAGACACCUGAGGAGGUAGCUGCGGAAGUCCUAGCCGAGGUGAUCACGGCAGCAGUGAGGGCUGUGGACGAGGGCAGAGCCCCAGCUCCAGAGAGCAGUGAGGUGCCAGCUGCAGUGGAAGGCCUCUUGGACACAGCUGAGGCCAGUGGAGGCCCCCUCACUGAACAGCUGUUGGCCGAUGGGACCUCCUGUGGAAUGACCGAGGAGAAGGGGAACCCCAAUGCGGAGGCUGGGAGCGGAGACAUGGAGGCCAGAGAUGGGGCUACAGAGGGCACGAAUGGAGCUGCGGAGGCCCUUGCAGCAGAAGCCCCGGCAGCAGAAGCAUCUGCAGCAGAGGCAGAAAGCACUGCAACAGGCCUUGCUCCUGGCCAAGAUACCACGGAAGGCGAAGUGGAACAGGCUGAUGGAGAGUCCAGAGAUGUCCUUCCCACAGAAUGAUCUUGUGCCCCGGUGAAGGGACUUCUGUGUUGUGCAUUGCACCUCCUUCUCUGGCUUGUAAGCAGUACUGGAGUGUGUGUGACUGGAAUAUGCUGUAAACUUACUUUGGUAAAGAGACCCUGCCUUUUCCUGCCGGAGAGCACACCCCUUGGGCUGACCCAUAGCAGCACUGCUGGUGUUCUGUUCUGGAAGGGUAGAGGUGGCAGGGGUCCUACAUUCCCACAGGAGCCUUGGCAGCUCCCCCAUGGCAGUCGGGUGAUAGAUCUUGGUGGUCCUUGGCCACUGCCUGAAUGCCAUCUCUCCCCUCCUUUAUUUUUCUUUUUUUAAGUUUUGUCUGGGAGCAGCUCCACACUGGAAAUGUAUCUUAUAAAGGAAUUUUUUUUUUUUUUUUUUUUUUUAAUUUUAACAGGAUGCUUUGGCUUCAGUGUUUAACUUCUGCUGUGUGGCGCACCAUCUGGAGCAGGGUCUUCUUGGCCUGGGAUGUCAUCUGUCAGAGCAGUGAGCCUAAGGCUCAGUGGGUCUCACAGACCUUUCCCAGUUGCCCUGAGGAAGGCAUAACCCAUAUUGAACUAGCUUUGGUUAGGGCGGGGUUUCCUAGUUGGCAGGCCUAGGUGAAUACCUUCACGAUUUUUACUUUACCCGUGUUCCACUGCUGCACUCUUGGUUUUUUGAGGUUUUUUUCUUUAAAUUGAUUACUCCCACUCGAAAGUACUUUAAAUAGAAAGCUCGGUGGCACUACUAUACAUGGAAAGCCAAUAUAAAUUGCCCUAGAUAGAUGUGAUUUGUAAGCAGUGAACAUACUGAAGUUAAAAUGCUCUGUUAUCUAAACACUUUUCUUUGGGAGGUUUCUGAGUCAGAGAGAGGGAGGCUGGCGGGUGUGAAAGGGAAGCACAGAGCGGCUGUAUUUGCAUUGAACCAGAAGAAUGGGAAGAUCCUGCCUGUGUGUACUUCCCUGCAAACGUUUCACCAGCGGUACACCUCACGUUUUGGGAAACGUCAGUGGGAAAUGAUGAGAAAAAAGGCGGCAGCACGGCAAAAGACCUGAUGAGCAUCUACUGUGUACCAGGUGCUAAUUUGUGAUGCAGUGUUUGAGACAGGGAGCCUCCUCAAGAGACGCAAGAUAAAUAUAUAUGAAAACGUCAACCUUAGCUAUAUCUGACACCUGAAGUAAAACUUCUAGCUAGAUAAGCAAGAAAAUGGUGCUUCUGAAUGAUUUCUGCUCUUAAUUCCUUAAUGCUGCAUGGAUGGACUUUAUGGGUUGAACAUGCUGUCUGAAGCUUGUUCUUCAAAGACAAAAAUUUUGAUGGCAUCAAACAUCAGUAGGAUGAAAGGGUGAGAUGGGACUAUUUUCUGUGCUUUGGGGUUUUUUGUUUUGGUAUAAAAUAAAGGCCUGGCAUUAAAUUUAAAUUUUAAUGAGAUACUUUCCCACGUGUGUAAAACUACGUGACCCUCUUUCACUCCCCAGGAUGUGGAAUAACCACUGCGUUGCACAAAUGGGAUGCCCUUAUAUUUUCGGAAACAACAGGAAUAAAUGACACACUUCCUUGGUUGAAGGGGACGAGAGCCCUGGUGGCACAGUGGUUAAGCACUUGGCUGCUACCCAAAAGGUUGGCAGUUUGAACCCACCACCUGCUAUGCAGGAGAAAAAUGUGGCAGUUGGCUUCCCUAAACAUUUACGGUUUUGGGAACCCUAUGGAGUGGUUCUAGUGUGUGCUAUGGAGUAGCUGUAAGUCUGAAUUUAAUCGACGUGGCAGUGGAUUUGGUUUUUCGAUUGUUGAUAGGUGCCAUCGAGUCGGUUCCAGUCCUGAACCAUCCUCAAAAUUGCUGUUAUGCUUGAGCCCAUUGUUGCAGCCAUUGUACCAAUCUAUCGUUGAGGAUCUUUGUCUUUUUUGCCGACUUUCCACUUUACCAAGCAUGAUGCCUCUCCAGGGACUGAUACUUAUAACGUGUCCAAGGUAGGUGAGAUGAAGUCUCACCACCCUUGCUUAUAAGGAGCAUUCUGGUUGUACUUUUUCCAAGACAGAUUUGUUCGUUCUUCUGGCAGUCCAUCUUCAGUAUUCCCCAAAACCAUAGUUCAAAGGUGCUAGUUCUUUUUCGGUCUUACUCAUUGUCCAGCUUUUGCAUGUAUAUGAGUUAACUGAAAACACCAUGGCUUAGAUCAGACACUUGUUAGUCUUCAAGGUAACAUCUUUGCCUUUCAACACUUAAAGGAGGUUUUUUUCGCACAGAUUUGCCCAAUGCAAUACAUCAUUUGAUUUCCUGACUGCUGCUUCCAUGGGUUUUGGUUGUGGAUCCAAGUAAAAUGAAAUCCAUGAUAGCUUUAAUCUUUUCUCUAUUUAUGAUGAUGUUGCUUAUUGGUUGAGUUGUGAGAAUUUUUGUUUCCCUUAUGUUGAGGUGUAAUUUGUACUGAAGGCUGUAGUCUUUGGUCUUUGAACCCUCUUCACUGUCAGCAAACAGGGUUGUGUCAUCUGCAUGACAGGUUGUAACUGAGUCUUCCUUCAGCUUCUUGAAUUAUUUGCUGAGCACACAGGUUGAAUAUGUAUGGUGAAAGAUAGAACCGUGACACCUUCCUAACUUUAAGCCAUGCAGUAUCGCCUUGUUCUGAUUGAAUGACUGCCUCUUGAUCAAAGUAGAGGUCCCCCGUGAGCAUAAUUAACUGUCCUGGAAUUCCCAUUUUUUGCAAUGUUAUACAUAGUUUAUUACGAUCCACACAAUCGAAUGCCUUUGCAUGGUCAAUACAGGUAAACAUCUUUAUGGUAUUCUCUGUUUUAGCCAGAAUCCAUCUGACAUCAGCAAUGAUAUCCUUGGUUCCACGUCUUCUGAAUCUGGCUUCAAUUUCUGGCGGUUCCCUGUCAAUGUACUACUGUAGCCACUUUUGAAUAAUCUUUAGCAGAAUUUUCCUUGCGUGGGAUGUUAUUGAUAUCGUUGCAUAAUUUGCACAUUGGGUUGGAUCACCUUUCUUGGGACUAGGCAUAGAUGUGGAUCUUUCCCAGUUGGUUGGCCAGGUAGCUGUCUUCCAAAUUUCUUGGCAUAGAGGAGUGAGCACUUCAGUGCUGCAUCUCUUUGUUGAAACAUCUCAAUUGAUAUUCCACCAAUUCCUGGAGCCUUGUUUUUCUCCAGUGCCUUCAGAGCAGCUUGGACUUCUUCCUUCAGUAUCAGAGGUUCCUGAGCAUAUGCUGCCUCCUGAAAUGGUUGAAUGUCGACCAGUUCUUUUUGGUACAGUGAACUCUAUGUAUUCCUUCCAUCUUCUUUUGAUGCUUCCUGCAUUGUUUAAUAUUUUUCCCGUAGAAUCCUUCAGUAUUGCAGCUUGAAGCUUGAAUUUUUUCUCCAGUGCUUUCAGCUUGAGAAACGCCCAGAGUGUUUUUCCCUUUUGGUUUUCUAUCUCCAGUUCUUUGCACAUGUCAUUAUAAUACUUUAACAGAUCAAUAUUAGUUCCCAUUUUGGUUAUUUAAGGGGUGGGAACUAAUUUUGAUCAGUUAUUUCCUGUUAGCAGAGCAGAGAGGGGUGGUACAGUUUGUGCUUGACUUUUACCCUAAAAGUUGGCAGUUUGAACCCACCUAGUGGCACCACAGAAGAAAGGCCUGGUGAUUUGCUUCUGUGCAGAUUACAGCCAAGGAAACCCAAUGGAGCAGUUCUACUCUGUAACACACAGUCAUCAUCAGAAUGGCAGAGGGGUUGGUUUGUCUCUGAGCGACAAGUGGCCAUGAACUUUCCAUAAAGUACCUUUUAUUUAAAAACAGGCUUAAAGAAAUUGGCAAUCCCCACUAUUCCUAACCAAAAAAUCCCAGGAACAGCUGCCUAAUUUCAUCUUCAGGUAAUCAUUUUGUGAACCUGUGUGACUUCAUUGGACUUUAUGAAAUCAGUACAGUUGCUAAAGGGGAAACAAAGUAACGGCAAAGUGGUUGUUAAAGUACACAUCAUCAGUAUUACUGAACCCUCUCUAACAGGAUUUUGAAGAGACCCCUAAGGGAGUAAUAUUCUCUGCCUGAUAAAAGUAGUUGCUUACCAGCAGUGGUUGGGUAGGCACAGCAGAGUUCUAGAAGACCCUUUUGGCAUUUUCUUAGAGCCUCUGGAGGGUGUGGAUGUGGCUGCCCUGUUAAAACACUGAAAAAUACUGAGCCACCCCUUUCAUACAAAAACAUUGAGGCCUAAAUGACUCAUUGGUUUUCCUCAAUCACAUUCAUACUCUAUAUAAAAAAACGCAGGACCACUUGCUAUCAAGUCGAUUCCAACUCACGCCAACCCUAUCUUUGUCAACAGAGUAGAAAUGUUCUCCAUGGGUGUCUUAGUUGUCUAGUGCUGCUGUAACAGAAAUACAAGGGGCGGGGGGUGGGUGGCUUCAACAAACAAAUUUAUUUUCUCAGGGUUUGUUGUUGUUAGGUGCUGUCAAGUUGGUUCUGACUCAUAGUGACCCCGUGUACAACAGAAUGAAACACUGCCCGGUCCUGCACCAUCUACACAGUUGUGUUUGAGCCCAUCGUUGCAGCCACCAUGUCAAUCCAUCUCAUUGAGGGUCCUCCUUUUUUUCUCUGGCCCUCUAUUUACCAAGCAUGAUGUCUGUCUCCAGGGACUGAUUCUUCCUGAUAACAUGUCCAAAGUAUGUGAGAUGUAGUCUCGCCAUCCUUGCUUCUAAGGAGCAUUCUGGUUCCAUUUCUUCUAAGACAGAUUUGUUCGUCCUUCUGGCAGUGCUUGGUACAUUUCUUCUUCACCAGCACCACGAUUCAAAGGCGUCAAUUCUUUGGUCUUCCUUAUUCGUUGUCCCGCUUUCGCAUGCAUAGGAGGCAAUUGAAAACACCAUGACUUGGGUCACGCGCACCUUAGUGUUCAAGGUGACGUCUUUGCUUUUCAACACUUUGAAGAGGUCUUUUACAGCAGAUGUGCCCGGUGUAAUUAGUCUUUGAUUGCUGGACUGCUAAUUCCGUGGGUGUUUACUGUGGAUCCAAGUAAAAUGAAAUCCUUGGCAACUUUGAACUUUUUUCCAUUUAUCAUGAUGUUGCUUUUUGGUCCAGUUGUGAGGAUUUUUGUUUUCUCUGUGUGGAGGUGCAAUCCAUACUGAAGGCUGUGGUCUUUGAUCUUCAUCAGUAAGUGCUUCAAGUCCCCUUCACUUGGAGCAAGCAAGGCUGUGUCAUCUGCAUAUCCAUCACAGGUUGUUAAUGAGCCUUCCUCCAGUCUUGAUACCCUGUUCUUCAUAGAGUCCAGGUUCUUGAAUUAUUUGCUCAGCGUACAGACUGAAGAGGUAUCGUGAAAGGAUACAACCCUGACCCAUACCUUUUCUGAGUUUAAACUGUGUGGUACCUGCUUGUUCUGUUCAAACAGUUGCGUUUUGAUGUAUGUAUAGGUUCCUCAUGAGCACAAUUAAGUGUUCUGGAAUUUCUAUUCUCUCUAAUGUUAUCCGUAAUUUAUUAUGAUCCACACAGUCGAAUGCCUUUGCGUAGUCAAUAAAACACAGGUAAACAUCUUUCUGGUGUUCUCUGCUUUCAGCCAGGAUCCAUACAUAACGACAUCAGCAAUGAUAUCCCUGAUUGCAUGCCCUCUUCUGAAUCUGGCUUCAAUUUCUGGCAGUUCCCUGUUGAUACACUGCUGUAACCACUUUUGAAUGAUCUUCAGCAGAAUUUUACUUCCUUGUGAUAUUAAUGAUACUGUUUGAUAAUUUCUGUAUUUGGUUGGAUCACCUUUCUUGGGUAUAGGCAUAAAUAUAGAUUUCUUCCAGUUGGUUGGCCAGGCAGCUGUCUUCCAAAUUCCUUGGCAUAGAUGAGUGAGUGCUUCCAAUACUGCAUCCAUUUGUUGAAACAUCUCAACUGAUAUUCUGUCAGUUCCUGGAGCCUUGUUUUUCUCCAGUGCCUUCAGUGCAGCUCGGACUUCUUCUUCCACUACCAUCAGUUCUUAAUCAUAUGCUACCUCCUGAAAUGGCUGAAUGUCAGCGGGUUCUUUUUGGCAUAGUGACUCUGUUCUCACAGUUUAGGAGGCUAGAAAUUGGAAUUCAGGGAGCCAGCUAUAGCGGAAGGCUCUCUCUUUUGGCUCUGGGGAAAGUCUUCUUUCCUUGGUGAUCUUCACGUGGUUUCACAUCCCUUCCCCCAGCUCUGCUUCUCUCAAUUGCUCUUUUAAUCUCAUUUAUCUCAAAAGAGAUUAAGACAUGGCCUACACUAAUACUGUCUCAUGAACACAAGAAAGAAAAGAAAGUGCAUUCCCAGGUGGGAUUAUAUUCACAGGUAUAGGGUUUAGCAUUUACAACACAUAUUUUAGGGGGACACAGUUUAAUCCCUAACAGUAGGGUUUUCAAUGGCUGUUUUUUCUGUUGCUUGCUGACAAGCUUCUGGGUGGACUUGAACCUUCAACCAAUCAAAUGCAUUAACUUUUUGCACCCCCCGACGACUCCUCUCAAAAGUCUAGGUACUGCCUCUCAAAACACAAUCUUCUGAGUGCGCACUUUAUAUAGACAGGAAAUGAGAUGAACUUCUGUGUGGGGGACAAUAUGGUGGGAUGGGCGUUACUUCAGCCCUGAGGUUCUUGUGGUGGCAUCUGCACUGCCCUGGAAUCCAAGAAUGAGAAGCAGGAUAGGUGAUGGGGUCUAUUUGUGGUUACCAGGUGUGCUGUGGCCCUGGGUGUCACUUUAAGUGAAUUUCUAGCAUGAGGACAACAUUUGCCCUUAAUGGAGUUGUUUAUCAGGAUUAAGAGCUUAGAUUUCAUGCAUUUGACAUUAUUAGAAAAAUGGUUCACUAAGCUCAGUAUUAUACAAUAAAGUGAUACCCUUGGUAGGAGGCCCUGGGUGGUGCAAACAGUGAAGAUGCUCAGCUGCUAACCAAAAGGUUGGAGGUUUGAGUCUACCCAGGAGGUGCCUUGGAAGAAAGGCCUGGCAAUCAACUACCAAAAAAUCAGCCAUUGAAAACCCUAUGUAGCAAAAGUCUACCCUGACACACAUGGGGUCGACUGAACAGCAACUGGUCCACCCUCCUUGGCGAUCUUUCUCCUGACUGAAUUUCAUUGGGUUUAUGCAGAAGGCUGCUAUUCAUAAAGUUUUCACUGGCUGGUUUUUUUCAGGUCCUUCCUAGUCUUAGUCCAGAAUCUCAGCUGAAAUCUGUCUACCAUGGGUGACCCUGCUGGUAUUUGAAUACUGGCCACAUAGCUUCCAGCAUCAAAGCAACAUGCAAGCCCCCACAGCAUGACAAACUGACAGACACGUGGGGAAUAAGGAAGACUGAAGAAGAAUUGAUGCCUUUGAAUUAUGGUAUUGAAUAUACCAUGGGCUGCCAGAAAGACGAACAAAUCUUUCUUGGAAGAAGCACAAGGAGAACGCUCCUUUAAAAGCAAGGAUGGUGACACUUCAUCUAAUGUACUUGGGACACGUUAUCAGAAGGGAUCAGUCCCUGGAGAAGGACAUAAUGCUUGAUAAAGUAGAGGGUCAACAAAAAAGACAAAGACCCUCGAUGAGAUGGAUCGACCCAGUGGCUGCAACAAUGGGCUCAAGCGUAACAAGGAUUGUGAGGAUGGCGCAGGCCAGGCAGUGUUGCCUUGUGUUGUACACAGAUAGGGUCGCUCUGAGUCGGAACCAACUUGACAGCUCCUAACAACAACAGCGUAUGGAAGACUGUUUACCUAGGUUCCUGCAAACACUGAAAAUCCAGCCAUCCAUUUCCACUGGAUUGCUAAAGGGGAAACAAAGUAAUGGCAAAGCUGUCGAUAAAGUGCACAUCGUCAGUAUUACUAAAUCCUCUCCAACUAGGGUUUGGGGAGACCCUGAGGGAGUAAUUUUCUCUGCCUGACAAAAGUCCUUGCUCACCAUCAGUGGUUAGGUCAGCACCGCAGAGUUAUAAAGUUUUUUUUUUUUUUUUUUUUAGCAUUUCUGUAAAUCACAUCAAAUACAUCACACCUUUUGGGGUCAAAUUUAGGAGUCACAGGUCAAAAAUUUGGGCAUUUUAUGACUGUGGGGCCCAGGCUUUGUGGGGGGACAAGUUGUGCAGUAACCUGCUUGUAGCUACCAACUUGGGGCAGAUCUUCUUCCUGUCCUAUGGGAAACACUUGGGGCUCUUGGGUUCUCACAUACUUACAAAAUGACUCAGGAAUACUCUUCAUCAGAGGAGACACACAGUUCAGAAAUACUUUGCAGAUCUCCCUUAUUUGCUUCCAGAGAAUUUUCUCCUGAAAGCGCUAAGUACUUAGUGUGCUGCUUAGCAAGAACCCCCAGAGGCUGGUGCCUAAUUUCUGGGUAAUGGGAGUAUGAAGAUGAGAAAUCUGCCGCGAUAGUCCCCACAAGGAAAAACAGCCUCCAGACGUAAGUCCAUGACUCCUUCCCACUGGAGGACAAUGAGACUGACAGUACUGAUUGUAUCAAAUGGACCAAGACCACAGCACUUCUUCCCAGUGUUUGAGAUGUACUUUGUCAACUAAAAAAUGGAAAAAAGAGAAAGCCAAGGGAAUGUUCUGAAAGAAUUUGCCUUUAUUCAUCAACCCCACUAAAGCUGAGAUACGUCCUCACCAGGGAAAUGGGGUGCUUUGUCCCAGGAUGUGUGUGUUGUUGUUAGGUGCCGUUGAGUCAGUUCUGACUUGUAGUGACCCUGUGUACCACAGAACAAAACACUGCCUGGUACUGCAGCAUCACAACUGUUGCUUUGUUUGAGCCAAUUGUUGCAGCCACUGUGUCAAUCCAUCUCGAGGGUCUUCCUCUGUUUUGCUGACCCUUUACUUUACCAAGCAUGAUGUUGCUUUCCAGGGACUGGUCCCUCCUGAUAACAUGUCCAAAGUAUGUGAGACAUAAUCUCACCAUCCUCGCUUCUAAGGAGCAUUCUGGCUGUACUUCUUCCAAGACAGAUGUUCCUUCUUCUGGCAGCCCAUGGUAUAUUCAGAAUUCUUCACUUUCACCAUAAUUCAAAUGCAUCAGUUCUUCUUCGGACUUCCUUAUUUGUUGUCCACUUUCACAUGCGUAUGAGGUUACUGAAAAUACCAUGGCUUGGGUCAGGUGCAUCUUAGUCCUCAAGGUGAUAUCUUUGCUUUUUAACACUUUGAAGAGGUCUUUUGCAGCAGAUGUGCCCAAUGCAAUACAUUGUUUCAUUUCUUGAUUCUUGCUUCCGUGGACGUUGAUUGUAGAUCCAAGGAAAAUGAAAUCCUUGACAACUUCAAUAUUUUCUCCACUUAUCCUGCUGCUGCUUAUUGGUCUAGUUGUGAAGAUUUUUGUUUUUUUCGUACUGAGAUGCAAUCAGUACUGAAGGCUGUGGUCUUUGAUCUUCAUCGGUAAGCGCUUCAAGUCCUCUUCACUUUCAGCAAACAAGGUUGUGUCAUCUGCAUAACGCAGGUUUUUCACCAAUUCUGAUGCUGCGUUCUUCAUAUAGACAAGUUUCUCAGAUUAUUUGCUCGACAUACAGAUUGAAUAAAUAUGGUGAAAAGAUACCACCCUGACGAACACUUAUAAUGAAAUGUGCAAAGACCUGAAGUUAGAAAGCCAAAAGGGAAGAACACUCUUAGCAUUUCUAAAGCUGAAAGAACUGAAGAAAAAAUUCAAGCCUCAAGUUGCAAUACUGAAGGAUUCUGUGGGCAAAAUGUUGAACAAUGCAGGGAGUAUCAAAAGAUGAUGGAAGGAAUAAACAAGAGUCAGUGUACCAAAAUAAAUUGGUCAAUAUUUGUGUCUCAUAUGAAUGUUAACCAAAAGGUGACCAUGGCAGAGGAGGAUUUUAAUAAUCGUGGGUAAGAUGAUGCGUUCUGUGGAAACCAGUCAUCCUCUUCCCCCAGCCACUCCCAUCGUUGGCCAAUGAGCUCAUGAAUAAAGUGGCCAUGGUAGAAGGGACGGAAGUUAUGCACGGGCUCAGCAACAUGGACUUCCACUAACAAAGGCUGACUUGGCUACAGCCACUGCUGAGUGCCCGAUCUGCCAGCAGCAGAGACCUACACUGAGUCCCCGAUAUGGCAUCAUUCCUCGAGGUGAUCAGCCAGCAAUCUGGUGGCAGAUUGAUUACAUUGGACCACUUCUUUCACAAAAAGGGCAGCAUUUUGUUCUUACUGGAAUGGACAUGUACUCUGGAUACAGAUUUGCCUUACCUACAUGCAAUGCUUCUGCCAAAACUACUAUUCUGGGACUUACAGAAUGCCUUAUCCACCAUCAUGGUAUUGCACACAGCAUCGCCUUUGAUCAAGGGACUCACUUCACAGCAAAUGAAGUGCAGCAAUGGGCACAUGCUCAUGGAAUUCACUGGUCUUGCCAUGUUCCCCAUCAUCCUGAAGCAGCUGGCUUGACAGAAUGAUGGAAUGGCCUUCUAAAGAUACAAUCAGGGUGCCAGCUAGGUGGCAGUACCUUGCAGGGCUGGGGCAAUGUUCUCCAGGAAGCUGUAUGUGCUUUAAACCAGCAUCCAAUAAAUGGGGCUAUUUCUCCCAUAGCCAGGAUUCAUGGUCCAGGAAUCAAGGGGUGAAAAUGGGAGUGGCACCACUCACUAUUACCCCUAGUGACCCACUUCCAAAAUUUUUGCUUCCUGUCACUGCGACCCUCUGCUUUUCGAGUCUAGAGGUCUUUCUUAGUUCCAAAGGGAGGAAUGUUCCUACCUGGAGAUACAUCCCUGAUUCCAUCUAAUUGGAAGUUAAGAAUGCCACUUGGCCACUUUGGGCUACUUAUACCUCUGGAUUAACAGGCAAAGAAGAGAGUUACCAUACUGGCUGAUCUGACUGAUCCUGAUUACCAAGAGGAAAUCAGAUUGAUAUUACAUAAUGAAGGUAAAUAAAAGUAUGUCUGACAUAAAAGACCUGUACAAAGAAAACUAUAAGACACUACUGCAACAAACCAAGAGACCUACAGAAGUGGAUAGGAAGACUGAACAUUUUGUAAAAAUGUCUAUUCUACCCAAAGCGAUCUAUAGAUACAAUCCAAUCCUGAUCCAAAUACCAGUGACAUUUUUUAAUGAGUUGGAGAAACAAAUCACCAACUUCAUACAGAGGGAAAGAGGAUCUGGAUAAGUAAAGGAUUACUGAAAAAAACGAACAAAGUAGGAGCCCUCACACUACCUGAUUUUAGAACCUAUUAGACCACCACAGUAGUCAAAACAGUGUGAUAGUGGUACAACAACAGAUACACAGACCAAUGGAACAGAAUUGAGAAUCCAGACAUAAAUCCAUCCACCCAUGAGCAACUGAUAUUUGACAAAGGCCCAAAGUCUGUUAAAUGCAGGGCAAAGACGGUCUCUUUAACAAAUGGUGCUGGCAUAACUGGGUAUCCCUCUGCAAAAAAAUGAAACAAGACCCAUACCUCACACCAUGCACAAAAACCAACUCAAAAUGGAUCAAAGACCUAAAUAUAAAAUCUAAAAUGAUAAAGAUCAUUGAAGAAAAAAUAGGGACAAUGCUAGGAGCCCUAAUACAUGACAUAAACAGUAUACAAAAUAUUACUAACAAUGCACAGACACUAGAAGAGAAAGUAGAUAACUGGGAGCUCCUAAAAGUCAAACACCUAUGCCCAUCCAAAUACUUCACCAAAAGAGUGAAAAGGUUACCUACAGAUUGGUAAAAAGUUUUUAGCUAUGACAUUUUCAGUCAGUGUCUGACCUCUAAAAUCUACAUGAUAGCUGCAAAAACUCAAUAACAAAAAGACAAAUAACCCAAUUAAAAAAUGAGCAAAGGAUAUGAACAGGCACCUCACCAAAGAAGACAUCCAGGCUGCUAACAGAUACAUUAGCUAUCAGAGAAAUGCAAAUCAAUGAGAUUCCAUCUCACUCCAGCAAGGCUGGCAUUAAUCCAAAAAACACAAAAUAAUAAACAUUGGAGAGGUUGUGGAGACACUGGAACACUUAGACACUGCUGGCGGAAAUGUAAAAUGGUACAGCCACUCUGGAAAUGACUUUGGCGCUUCCUUAAAAGCUAGAAACAGAACCCUAAAUAUACCCUAAAGAAGUAAGAGCCUUCACAUGAACAGAGAUAUGCACACCCAUGUUCACUGCAGCACUGUUUACAAUAGCAAAAAAGAUGGAAGAAACUGAAGUGCUCAUCAACGGAUGAAUGGAUAAAUAAUGGUAUAUUCGCACAAUGGAAUACUACACAAUGAUUAAGAACAAUGAUGAAUCUGUGAAACAUUUCAUAACAUGGAGGAAUCUGGAAGGCAUUAUGCUGAGUGAAGUUAGUCAAUUGCAAAAGGAUAAAUAUUGUAUGAGACCACUAUUAUAAGAACUCUAGAUGAAGUUUAAACAUAGAAGAAAAUAUUCUUUGAUGGUUACUAGGGCAGGGAGCGGGGGAGAGGGAUAUUCACUAGAUAGUAGACAAAAACUUUUUAGGUGAAGGGAAGGGCAACAUAUAACACAGGGAUAGUCAGUACAACUGGACUAAACCAAAAGCAGUUUCCUGAAUACAAUCAAAUACUUUGAAGGCCAGAGUAGCAGGGAUGGGGCUUUGGGGACCAUGGUUUCAGGUGACAUCUAGGUAAAUGGGCAUAACAAAAUGUAUUAAGAAAAUGUUCUGCAUUCCACUUUGGUGAGAGGCGUCUGAGGUCUUAAACACUAGCAAGUGGCCAUCUAAGAUGCAUAAACUGGUCUCAGCCCACCUGGAGCAAAGGAGAAUGAAGAACACCAAAGAUAAAGUAAAUAUGAGCCCAAGAGACAGAAAGGGCCACAUAAACCAGAGACUCCAUCCGCCUGAGACCAGAAGAACUAGAUGGUGCCCUGCUACCAUAGAUCACUGCCCUGACAGGGAACACAACAGAGAAUCCCUGAUGGAGCAGGAGAGCAGUCAGUGGGAUGCAGAUCUUAAAUUCCCAUAAAAAGACUAGGCUUAAUGGUCUGAGACAGAAGAGACCCUGACGGUCAUGGUCCCCAGACCCUUUGAUAGUCCAAGAUUGGAACCAUUCCCGAAACCAACUCUACAGACAGGGAUUGGCCUGGACUAUAAGACAGACGGUGAUGCUGGUAAGGAGUGAACUUCGUGGCUCAAGUCGACAUGGGAGACUGUGGGCGACUCCUGUCUGGUGAAGAGAUGAGAAGGAAGAGGCGGACAGGAGCUGGUUGAAUGGACAUGGGGAAUCCAGGGUGCAGAGGAGGAACGUGUUGUCUCAUUAAGGGGAGAGCAGCUGGGAGUGCACGGCGGGGUGUGUAUGGCUUUUUGUAUGGGAGACUGACUUGAUUUGUAAUCUUUCACCUAAAGCACACACACACACACACACAAAGUAUAUCUGAAAUGUGCGAGAAUUCUUAGGGCAUCUUUUAGUACCACCAUGCCCUCUGAUUAAAGUCAAUGGAAAACUAUAGCCACCCAAUCCUGACAUGAUUACUAAUGGCCCUGACGCUUCAGGAAUGAAACCAGGCAAAGAACCAUGACCAGCUGAGGAUUUUGCUAAGGGCAAAUGGAAUAUGGAAUGGGUGGUGGAAGAAGGUAAUUCUAAAUACCAGUUAUGACCAGCUGCAGAAAUGAGGACUGUAUUUGUUAUGAGUAUUUCUGCCUUGUACGUGUGCAUCAAAUAUUUUCAUUUUCUUCACUUAUAAGAUGUAAACAGGGCUAGUGCAUUUUUGGUUGUGUGUUUGUGUUACCAUGUUAGGUGCAAGUAAAGACUUUAUAAUUGUCUUUAUUCAGUGAUUAGGUAUGGUUUAAGGAGAUAUGUACAGGUGCCAAGUUGGCAAAGGGUAGAAUGUGAUGGUAUCGUUGUGUGUCAGCUUGGCUGGGACAUGAAUCUCAGUGGUUAGGCACUUAUAGUUUGGCAGUUGUAUAAUGAUGUGAUCACUUCAUGAUGGGAUCUGCUGUGAGUAGCCAAUCAGUUGAAAAGGAGUUUCCUUGUGGCUGUGGCCUGCAUCCAAUAUAACUGGACUUUCUGGUAAGGCUCGUGGGCUUUUGUUCACACUGGAUCCUGCAACUAGCUCCUGUUUGUCUGACCUCUGGGUCUUGGGACUUGAGCUAACAGCUUACCUGCAGUCUUCCCUGCCAAUCUUUGGAUUCAUCAGUCUUCACAGCCUGUGAGCCAGAGCCCGGCUGUCUGACAUAGUGAUCUUGGAUUCACCAGCCCCUGUAGCUAUGUGAAUCGGGAGAAGCCUCCUGUCUGACCCACGUUCUAGCCCCUAUAACCGCAUGAGCCAUUUCCUUAGUAUAAAUCUCUCUAUAUAUACUUAUUAAGGAAACCGUGGUGGCAUAGUGGUUAACAGCUAUGGCUGCUAUCCAAAAAGUCAGCAGUUCAAAUCCACCAGGCGCUUCUUGGAAACUCUAUCGUACAGUCCUGUCCUAUAGGGUUGCUAUGAGUUGGAAUCAACUUGAUGGCAAUGAGUUUUGGUUUUAUAUAUAUUUACAUGCUUUAUUGGUUUUGUUUCUCUAGAGAACCCAGCCUAAGAUAUUGCUCAUGAGGUACAAUGGCUGGGAAUCGAACCCAGGUCUCCCACAUGGAAGAGGUGUGAGUAGGUUGUGCUGCUGGCUGCUUCUCCCUGAGGAAACUGUAGCUGAAUGCUACUACUGGCCUGUUGCAGCCACUCCUGGGAAUGAUGCCUGAGGGAUCCCGGCGAUUCAGGUCUGGUAACUCCUCUCCGCUUCAGAACUGUCUCUUCCUCCCCCUGCUGCUCAGAUCGUUUUUUAACUUUGCCUUUGAUGUUUAGGGCUCCUAGCUUCUCAUAAAUAUAAUCAUUUCACUUGAUUUUUCGGGUCCUUACUGUAAGACAGAUUGCGGGAAGCAUCUGGCUAUUCUGCCAUUUUGCCCCUGCCACUCGUUUUUUUUUUUAAUUAGGAGAAUGGAGUCUUUGGGUAAUGCAGUCAGAGAACGUGUUUGGCUGCUAAUUGAAAGGUUAGAGGUUUGAGUCCACUCGGGUGUCUUAGAAGAAAGACUGGUGAUCUACUUCUGAAAAUUCAGUCAUUGAAAACUCUGUGGAAUGCCAGUAUAUGGAUAAAUCUUGAAAACACCAUAUUGAGCAAAAUUAGUCAGCUGCAAAAGAACAAACACUGGAUGAUCUCACUAAUAUGAAAUAAGCUAAUGUAUUUGCUUUGUUUAUAGAAACCAAAGAUAAGUGAUUACCAGGGAUGGGAAGGAGGCGAGUGAGGUUUUGCUUAAGGGGCACUGAGUUAAUGUUAAUAGUGGCGAAACGAUUUGUAAAAGGAUAGGGAGGAUGGUUGCACAACUUGAACAACGUCACUGAAUUGUACACAUCAAAAUUGUUGAGAUGACAUAUAUACUGUCAUGUAUACUUUCACAAUAGGAUUCAAAAAACAUAUUACACAGAAAAAGAAAAGAAAACCCUAUGGAGCACAAUUCUACUCUGGCACACAUGGGGUUGCCACGAGUUCAAACUGAGUUGUCAGCAACAUUUUUUAUUUUUAAUAGGAGAAUGAUUAAAUAAAUUAUGAUAUACACAUACCAAAUGUCAUGGCUUGAAUUGUGUCCCCCCAAAAUAUUUGUCAACUUGGUUAGGCCAUGAUUCCCAGUAUUGUGUGGUUUUCCUCCAUUUUGUGAUUUUCCUGUGUUAUAAUCUCUGCCUGUGGUUAAGGAGGAUUAAGGUGGGAUGUAACACCCUUGCUCCUGUCACAUCCGUGAUCCAGUGUAAAGGGAGUUUCCCUGGGGUGUGGCUUGCACCACCUUCUUUCUUAAAAGACAUAAAAGGAAAGGGAAGCAAGCAGAGAGUUGGGGACCUGGUACCACUGAGAAAGAAGUACUGGGAGCAGAGCAUGUCCUUUCAACCCCUGGUUCCUGCGAGAAGCAACUAGUCCAGGGGAAGACCGAUGACAAAGACCUUCCUCCAGAGCUGACAGAGACAGAAGGUCUUUCCCUGGGGCUGAUGUUCUGAAUUUGGACUUCUAGCCUCCUAGGCUGUGAGAAAAUAAAUUUCUCUUUGUUAAAGCCAUCCACUUCUGGUAUUUCUGUUAGAGCAACACUAAAUGACUAAGACAGAAUUUGGUACUAAGAGAGUGGGCUGUUGCUCUAACAGAUACCCAAAAUGUAGAAGCAGUUUUGGAACUAUGAAAGGACUGGUAGCAGCAGAGAAGCGGCAGCAGCAGAACCCGGAGAUCAGCACCAGACAGCACUGGAGCUGAACCACAGAGCAAGAGAGCUGAGUGCCUGCGCACAGGAGGCUUCCUGGCGAAGUAGGGUGCCUCUGGGCACUUAUCGGUGGAGGUAGGCUUGCUGACCCGCCGAGGGAGAGAGCUGAGCGCCUCACAGCCCAAGUUUACUGGCAGAGUGGGAUGCCUCCAGGCACUUAUUGGUAGAGCUACAGAGCUUUGGAACACUUGCCCCAGCAGGGCAGAUGCGGGCAUGAGGCCUGAGGGAUGAGAGGCCAAGGAACCAGGAAUCAGAAGCUGAAGAGAGAAGGAACACAGGAAGCCGAGCUGCCUCAGGCUCAAAAGGUAUGGCUAGGACCUCUGGGGUUUCAAAGGGUAGAGCCAUUGCCUCUGAUGUUUCUAUGGGUGGAGUUGCUACUCAGAUGGACUAGGAGAAUGGUGUGUCUAAAGCCGAGGGAGCAGAACUGCCGUCCCAGUGGGCAUGGAAGGCGGAGAUGAAGCCCAGAACUAAGGGGCCUCCACUCAGAAUCUGGAGAGUGUAGCCAAUACCUAGAGUCUAGAGGGCAGGGGUACUGUGUGAAUUGUCUCAGAGAACAUAGGAUUAUUUUCAAAGCCUUGAAGGCUAAUGAAAUGUGCUAUUCUUACUUCUGUGGUGCCUGUUAUGCCUUCCUUCCCUCCAAUUUCUCCUGUUUGUAAUGGAAAUAUGUACCUUGAGGCUGUUACACCAUUGUAUGUUGAAAGCAGAUAACUUGUAUUCUAGAUUUCCCAGAUGAAGGGGAGUUUUUGGAUUUUGGACUUAGAGUUGAUUUAAGACAUUUGCUAUGAUAUGAUGAGGUGAAUGUGUCUUACAUGUAACAAGGACAUGAAUUUUUGGGGUCAAAGUGUGGAAUGUCAUAGAUUAAAUUGAGUUCCCCCCCAGAAUAUGUAUCAACUUGGUUAGGCCAUGAUUGCCAAUAUUGUGUGGUUGUCCUCCAUUCUGUGAGUUACUAUGUGUUAUAAAUCAUAAUCUCUGCCUGUGGUUAAAGAGGAUUAGGGUGGGAUGUAACAUCCUUGCUCAGGUCACAUCCCUGACCCAACGCCACAGGAGUUUCCCUGGGGUAUGGCCUAGACCACCUUUUAUCUUACAAGAGAUAAAAGGAAAGGGAAGCAAGCAGAGAGUGGGGACUUCAUACCACCAAGAAAGAAGCACCAGGAGUACAGCACAUCCUUUGGACCUGGGGUUCUUGCACGGAGAAACUCCUAGUCCUGGGGAAGACUGAUGACAAGGACCUUCCUCCAGAGCUGACAGAGAGAGAAGGCUUUCCCCAGGAGCUGCUGCCCUGAAUUUGGAAUUCUAGCUUACUGGACUUUGAGAGAAUAAAUUGCUCUUCGUUAAAGCCAUCCACUUGUAGUAUUUCCGUUAUAGCAGCACUAGAUGACUAAGACACCAGGUAACACACUGUAUACGUUAUGGAAUUCUAUGGUGAAGAAGGCAGCUCCCCAAGUGUUCACAUUAACGACCUCCAAGAUCGGUAGCAUAUGAUAAGGAACCAAUGGUGAUGAAGGAAGAAGCCCAAGCUGCAUUGAAGGCACUGUCGAGAAACAAGGCUCCAGGAAUUGAUGGAAUAUCAAUUGAGAUAUUUGAACAAAUGGAUGGAACGCUGGAAGUGCUCACUUGUCUAUGCCAAGAAAUCUGGAAGACAGCUACCUGGCCAACCGACUGGAAGAGAUUCAUAUUUAUGCCUAUCCCCAAGAAAGGUGAUCCAACCGAAUGUAAAAAUUACCAAACAACAUCAUCAAUAUCACAUGCAAGCAAAAUUUUGCUGAAGAUCAUUCAAAAGUGGCUGCAGCAGUAUAUCAACAGGGAACUGCCAGAAAUUCAGGCGGAUUCAGAAGAGGAUGUGGAAUGAGAGAUAUCAUUGCUGAUGUCAGAUGGAUCCUGGCUGAAAGCAGAGAAUACCAGAAGGAUGUUUACCUGUGUUUUACUGUCUAUGCAAAGGCAUUCAACUGUGUUGAUCAUAACAAAUUAUGGAUACCACUGCACAGAAUGGGAAUUCCAAAACACUUAAUUGUGCUCAUGAGGAACCUGUACAUAGAUCAAGAGGCAGUUGUUCAGACAGAGCAAGGGGGUACUGCAUGGUUCAAAGUCAGGAAAGGUGUGGAUCAGGAUUAUAUUCUUUCACAAUUCCUAUUCAAUCUGUAUGCUGAGCAAAUAAUCUGAGAAGCUGGACUAUAUGAAAAAGAAAGUGGCAUCAGGAUUGGAGGAAGACUCAUCAAAAACCUGCAUUAUGUCCACCUGGAGCGAAGGAGAAUGAAGAACACCAAGGACACAAGGUAAUUAUGAGCCCAAGAGACAGAAAGGGCCACAUAAACCUGAGAUUACAUCGGCCUGAGACCAGAACUAGAUGGUGCCUGGCUACAACCAAUGACUGCCCUGACAGGGAACACAACAGAGAAUCCCUGAGGGAGCAGGAGAACAGUGGGAUGCAGACCUCAAAUUCUUGUAAAAAGACCAGACUUAACAGUCCUACUGAGACUAGAAAGACCCUGGUAUUCAUGGCCCCCAGACCUUCUGUAAGCCGAGGACAGGAACCAUUCCCAAAGCUAACUCUUCAGACAGGGAUUGGACUGGAUGAUGGGACAGAAAAAGAUGCUGGUGAAGAAUGAGCUUCUUGGAUCAAGUAGACACUUGAGACUGUGUUAGCAUCUCCUAUCUGGAGGGGAUAUGAGAGGGCAGAGGGGGUUAGAAGCUGGCGGAAUGGACACGAAAAGAGAAAGUGGAGUGAGGGAGCGUGCUGUCUCAUUGGGGGGAGAGCAAUUAGGAGUGUAUGGCAAAUUUCUGUAUAAGAGACUGACCUGAUUUGUAAACUUUCACUUAAAACACAACAAAAAUUAAAAAACAAAAACAAAAACAAAAACUUGCGUUAUGUAGAUGACAGGACCUUGCUUGCUGAAAGUGAAGAGGACUUGAAGCACUUACUGAUGAAGAUCAAAGACCAUAGCUUUCAGUCUGGAUUAUACCUCAACAUAAAACAAAAAUCCUCACAACUGGACCAAUAAGCAAAAUCAUGAUAAACGGAGAAAACAUUGAAGUUGUCAAGGAUUUCAUUUUAGUUGGAUCCACAAUCAACACCCACGGAAGCAGAAGCCAAGAAAUCAAAAGAUGCAUUGGGUUGGGCAAAUCUGCUGCAAAAGACCUCUUUAAAGCGUUGAAAAGCAAAGAUGUCACCCUGAAGACUAAGGUAUGCCUGACCCAAGCCAUGGUAUUUUCAAUCGCAUUAUAUGCAUGGGAAAGCUGGACAAUGAAUAAGGAAGAAUGAAGAAUUGAUGCCUUUGAAUUAUGGUGGUGGUGAAGAAUAUUGAAUAUACCAUGGACUGCCAAAAGAACGAACAAAUCUGUCUUGGAAGAAGUACAACCAGAAUGCUCCUUAGAAGCAAGGAUGGUGAGACUGCAUCUUACAUAGUUUGGACAUGUUGUCGGGAGGGAUCAGUCCCUGGAAAAGGACAUUAUGCUUGGUAAAGUACAAGAUCAGGGGAAAAGAGGACGACCCUCAAUGGGAUGGACUGACACAGUGGCUGCAACAAUGGGCUCAAGCAUAACAACGAUUGUGAGCAUGGCACAGGAUUGGGCAGUGUUUCAUCUGCGGUACAUAGGGUCACUAUGAGUCAGAACCAACUCGACGGCACCUAACAACAGUAAGAUGUAUGAAAUGAAAAACAUGCUACUAAAUAAUAGGCACAGAAUGAUCCCUCUUGUUGUAACAACACAUAUUCUAUACGUAGAUACAUAUUGAAACAUUAGAAGCCCUGGUGGCGAAAAGGUUAAACACUUGACCACUAACAGGUUUGAACCAUCCAGCAGCUCCACGGGAGAAAGACCUGGUAACCUGCUUCCGUGAAGAUCACAGCCAAUAAAACCCUAUGGGGCAGUUCAACUCCAUCAUACGGUAUUACUAUGAGCUGGGUUCAACUUGACGGCACCUAACAGCAAGAACGUUGAAUCAGAGAAUAAAUAAAAGUCUAGACCGGCACUGUCUAACAGAAAUAAAAUUAAUGUGAACCACAUAUGUAAUUUUUUAUUUUUUUGAAAAAAAAUUUUUUAUUGUGCUUUAGGUGAAAGCUUACAGUUCUAAUUAAUUUUUCAUCCAAAAAUUUAUACACAUAUUGUUCCGUGACAUUGGCUGCAAGUACAUAUGUAAUUUUCUAGUAACCACGUUAAGAAAGAGAAAUGGGUGAAAGUAAAUAUAACAAUAUCGUUAACCCUGUAGAUUCAAAAUACUACCAUUUCAAUAUUUGAUCAACACAAAAAUUGAUGACAUAGAAUUGUGUAAGACUGUUAUAAGAAUCCUAUAGAAAAAUCCUGAUCAAAAGUGGAAACUACCCAACAGAAUUUCAAAUUCUCAUGGAAUCCAGAGCUUCUGGAGCCAUGGAGGCUGGAUGAACUAAAACUACUGCCCUAAAGAUAAUCUUUAAGCUUUAAACCAAAUAUAUCCCUUGUAGUCUUCUUAAAACUGAACAAUAGUUUAGCUUAACUAGUAAAGUCGGCUCCGAGCACUACGCUCUUUUAAAAUCCAUCUGUAUGGGAUCAAGUUGACAACAGCAACUAAAAAGAUUAUACAGCUGGCAGAAUGUAAUCAAUGUCACUGAAUUCUACAUGUACAUACUUGAAUUGGUAUAUGCUUUUGCGGUAUAUAUUCUCAACAACAACAAAAUAAGAUACAUUGUUUAAAACAUCGAUGAGAUAGUUUACUUUUUUUCUUUUUCCAUACUGAGUCUCUGAAAUCUGGUGUGUGUUUUACACUCGGGAGUCCUUAAGUGGUGCAAACAGUUGAAGCGCUAGGCUACUAACCAACAGGCUGGAGGUUUGACUUCACUCAGAGGCGCCUUGGAAGAAAGGCGUUGCCAUCUAUUUUUGAAAAAUCAGCCACUGAAAACCCUAUGGUGCACAGUUCUAGUCUGACACAUACGGGGUUGCCAUGAGUUAAAGUGGACUUGACAGCAGUUAACAUGGUAUUUUAUACUUACAUGUCUCAAUCGGGACCAGUAACAUUUCAAGUGCUCAACCACAUGUGGUCAGUGGCUGCUAUAUAAGACGGCACAGGUUGAACUAUCACGCUGAUGUGAUAUCACAGUGUUCACAUCAAAACAAUAACAGUGAUUAUUCUAGAAGGGGAGGGGAAAAGGCAGACUUUCUCCUCUAUAAUUCUUUCUACUGUUCAGUCAACAUGGUUCCAUGUCUUACCUUAUUAAAAAUGAACAAUACGUAUUUGAAACCAGGCCGCCAGUAAAGAACCAGUUGUCAUGGAGUUGAUUCUGACUCAUGGCGACAUCCCAUGUGUGUCACAGUAGAACUGUGCUUCAUAGGGUUUUCAACAGCUGAUUCUUUGGAAGUUGGUCACCAGGUCUUUCUUCCAAGGCUACGUCUGGGUGGACUCAAACCUCCAGCUGAAAGGCUGGAGGAAGGCUGAAGCUUAACCAUUUGUACUACCCAGGGACUCCUUUAAAGCCACUCAUGACAAUUAUAUUACAUAGUUCAUGUUUCAUUUCUUAAUUUUUUAUUAAGCUCUUCUGUGGUUUGGUAUUGCACAUACAGUAAUGUCAAGAAAUAGUAGAGUUUAUUCAAAAUGUGAACCAUUAAGUAACAGACUAUUUUUACUAAACCGAUUCAACCAUAUAAACAUUUUGAGUUUGAGUUCUCUGGGAGAAGUUAGGCUAGGCACUGUAGAAGACAGAAAGAAUAAAAUGUUCUGUUCCAAGGGUUUUGGAGACAGCUUUUGGAACUACCUUUAGAGCUUGCAGAGUCCCUUAAGGCUGGAUAUGACUUCUGGCAGUAGCCAAAAGUCAUUCAACUGGGUCCCUUAAAUCUAGCUAGAUAUUACAGUUUUUGUCUAAAAUGAAGUCUGACUCUAGAGCAAAAUGACAGAUUUUAUUGUGUGACUUGCAAACUGGCAGCACCAAAUUACUUCCAAAAACACUUAUUGCCAACAAGGAUAAACGAAAUGGAUAAUUUAACAAGACAAGACAGUUAUGGGGAAGAGCUGCUUAAAGUGGACGCAUUCUGGUUUCCUUAAAAAAAAAAAAAAAGUUAUUAUUCCACAUUCAAUUGCCC